AUGGGCGAGAUCGGGGCAGGUCUCCAGACGUUGGCGAACUCGUCUCGAGUCCUCAUCUCUUGGGGAAUGGGCGAACAGCUCAGCAAAUGUGCGACGACGCCGCGGCUCUGCAACAUGAUCGGCUGGCGAGGUGAGACCAUCUCAACCUGGGAUAUCCACAAGUCGACACGCGAGGAAUGGGGCAGUCCGUACUGGGAUCUGCAUCGCGUCAGUCUGCAUCAAUGUCUCUGGGACCGAGCGGUGGAACUGGGUGCCGAGGUGCGGGCCGACUCGCGGGUGACCGAUGUCAGGGUCGCAGCGGACGGAAGUUACGCGACUGUGAUAGUGCGACAAGGCGAGAAAAGGAAACGCGUCUCCAUGAACGCAGAUCUCGUCGUCGGCGCCGACGGCAUCAGAAGCCACUGUCGAGAUCUCCUGGUUGGGCGAGAUGACCCUCCGGCAAAGUCGGGCGACAUGGCGUACCGAGUUCUCCUCAACACCGACGACAUGCUAAAGGAUCCUGAACUGAGAGAUUUCGUCUUGGAUCCGCAGGUCAACUACUGGAUUGGACCUGAAUGUCAUGUCGUCUCGUAUGUCUUGAGGGGAGGCAAACAGUUCAACAUGGUCCUCCUCGUUCCCGAUGACCUACCGGAUGAUGUCGUCACCCAAGAAGGCAACGUCGAAUCCAUGCAAGCUCUGUUCAAAGAUUGGGAUCCGAGGGUCCGAAAGAUUCUAUCUACCUGUUCACAGGUCAAGAAAUGGCGCCUUUGUACCCGGACACCCACCCCGAGCUCCCCGUCUUGGUACCACCCUAGCGGGACUUUCGUCCUGCUGGGCGACUCCGUCCACGCCACUCUCCCUUAUCUCGCGAGCGGCGCCGGCAUGGCCAUCGAAGACGCCUCUGUCCUGGGCCUCUGCCUCUCGCGCAUAUCUUCUGGCUCGACGGCUCAAGAGAAACUGCAUGCCCUGAAAGUGUACGAGAUGUGCCGAAAACCGCGCACUCGCCGGGUCGUCGAGAAGGCCUACGAGAGCCAGUACCUCUAUCACCUCCCAGACGGUCCCGAGCAGAGGGAGCGCGACGGAAAGAUGAAGGCCUUUGAGGACGCAUAUCGCAUUCAAGGGAAUGGAGCAGUGCCCUCGGGGUUAAAGCAGGGGGACGAUCCGUUCGCUUGGAGGAGUGGUGGUGUUGGAAAGUGGUUGUUUGAUUAUAACUGCGAGCUGGAUGUCGAGAGAUGUUGGACACUGCUCCAGGCCGAAGAAGAAGCUGCUGCAAGAAGGGCUUCUCGCUCAGACUCAAAGAAACUCGGCUUGGGUCUGGUGGCAACUGCAAGACUGUAA